AUGGCCGAGCCUCCGCCCGCCAGGAGCCCUUGGCGCUGCGGCUCCAGCCCGGCCCGCUCCCGCCCCGCCCGGCCCCGGCCGCCGCCUCAGAGGCGGGGCCGCGGCAGCUGCCGGGGCCGCAGCGCUGGGAGCAGCGGGCGGCCGCUCGGGGAGCGCAGCGGCGGCGGUGGCCGGCCCGGAGCGGUGCGGGAUGCAGCCCGCAGGCCUCACCCUGAAGCUGCUGCUGGUCGGGGACAGCGGCGUGGCCUCCUGCGGAGGUUCACGGACGGCGCCUUCGAGCCGCGCCUGACUCCCACCGUCGGUAUUGAUUUUAAAAUGAAGAAAAUGGUGGUGGAGGGCCGUGCAGUACAGCUGGCCAUAUGGGAUACAGCAGGACAGGAGCGUUUCAGAACAGUGACUCCCAGUUACUACAGAGGAGCUCAAGGGGUUGUUUUAGUGUAUGAUGUUACAAGAAAAGCCACUUUCACAGGACUAGGAAGAUGGCUGAGUGAGGUGGAAAUGUACACCACCUCCAGCAGCACUGUGAAGAUGUUGGUUGGCAAUAAAACUGAUAAGCCUGACCGUGAAGUGGAGAGAAAAGAAGGGCUCCAGCUUGCCAGGAAACACUCACUGCUUUUUAUAGAGACCAGUGCCAAAACACAGGAUGGAGUGCAGCAUGCCUUUGAGGAGCUGGUCCUAAAGAUCCUGCAGACUCCAGAUCUUUGGGAUAAAGGCACAGGGAAAAAGGGAGUCCAGCUCAUGGAAUCACCAGCACAGCAGAAUAAAGGGUUUUGUGGUGCCUACUGUGCACUUAUUUAAAUGUACAGCUGGCUGUUCUGCCUGACUGGAGGAAAAAAAAGAGGUGGGGAUGAGAUUCCAAGCACCAAUCCGUGCCAUGUUUGAUGUGCUAUCAGUUGUGCAGAUCCAAAACACAAACUCAUUAGCAAAAUACAUUUUUAUUCAUUAACAAAAUACAGUUUCUCCUUCCCUUUUGCACAACUGCUGUCUGCAGGUAUUUUUUUUUGGUAGCUCUCAGAUUUUUCACUAUUAAAUCAUAGUGCUGCUUUGCAGAGAAUUGUGCUUUGCUGUAUGACAUUCAACAUGGACUUUUGCUGCAAUUCCUGCCUCAGCAUAAAUUAGGUGGUAUUCAAUUCUGGAAUAUUAUUGAGAAGCUUCUCUUCCCUUGGAUGGCAUGGGAGGCUUUGAGGCACCCAAGUUACCUUCAUGUAGUUACUGAGCAGGAGUUUGAUCAGUGGACAGAAUUUCCUGAUUUUGGAUAAUUUUAAAGUCAAAAUUGCUACAUGUCCCCAGACAGUAAGCUGAGUUAUGGUUAAUUUUAGGGCUGUGAUGAAGAGUAUGUGUAUUUUAACACUCGUCAGGAGAAGUGCAGGACACUGAAGGUGACCCUGUGCUGUUCUCUUUGCACUGAGGGAUGAGUUGCACUCAUCAUUUUGGGCUGUCACACCAUGGCUGUGGUUUUGCAGUCACUGAGGUUGUCUGCAAACCCUUGUCCUCUUCCAGCAACCACAGAUAAAAUAAAAAAAUUUAUCAGAAUUGAUAAAAAAUUGUAUCAGAAAUUGAUAAAACUCAAUUUCACAGGAAAUGUGCUGCCUAUGGGAGACUUUGCACUAGGGUGAGUCUGUCACCAGUCCCACUAUGGAGUUACCUUUAUGUCAUUUACACUUUUAAUGGCAAUAUUGUAUUUUGCUAACUUACAUUAAAAUAACUGAAAAUUUCAGAUGUAACUCGUGCCUUGCUUCUGUUAAUGCAUAUUUCUACUGUUUAGACUAUGUUAGAUCAUAAAGCAAACAUACAGCUUUAUUUACUGCUAGUCAUGCAAAAUAUUUUAAGAUGUUAUGAUAGCAACUUUGCUUUGAAUAAAUUCUGACCCUUAGCAUUUUAACUUAA